CAGGGAAAAUGAGAAUCCAAUAAGAGAAGGAAAAGUGAAGAAAGAAAAGAGAGAUGCAGGAAUAAUAAUAGGAAGGAAGCUAUUAUCAAAUGCAUGGUUAAUGCGUGCUAAGAAGAAAGAGAGAAAAGUGUGUGCAGUGUGCCUAGAAGAUUUCCAGCAAGAGAAGCAGAUUAUGAACCUUUCUUGCUCUCACAAGUUCCACUCUGCAUGCCUUCUCCCAUGGCUUCAAUCCCAUCCUCACUGUCCUUAUUGUCGAACCCCAGUUGAUGCACACCCACAUACUCAUUAAUUAAGCAUUCUGUAUUGGAUGUUACUAUUUUUACUUAUAAAAGUUUAUAGACUUGAAUAAAUUUCUGAUGCAUGAUGUGGAGGCUCACACUUGAGGAAAAAA